UAUGACUUUCAUUUUGAAAUCUUCUUUUUAAUAUAUUUCGAAACUGUCGUCAGCUUAUUAAAUAGAAGUAGGAGUAUUUAAUUAGACAGAAGACUUUGAGUUCGACCAACUCUAUAACCAUUUAAAAUUGGUCACAUCUUCCACAAAGUAACUGAUCAUUCAUCAUUUUGAGCCAACAUCCAGUUUUCGUGAGCCAUCCCUUAUUCCUAAUUUCCAAAAUUCCAAAACCAUGAAAUUCUUAAACAUUUAAGUCUUAAUUUCAUCAAGAAACUGCAGGCUUAUUUUGGAAUCACAUUUUCUUGAUUCAAGAGGAGAAGAAGAAGAGAGAAGAGGCAUGAUCCAUCUCAAGGGCGAUGGUCGCGAUCUGGACUUUCCUAUAGAAGUCUUGUUUUACAUCGCAAUAAGUGUAUUCUUGAUGGUGAUUGCGUUGAUGAUGAAACUCUUGUGGGAUACCGGCGACGAUGGUGGAGGAGCGAGGGUUGGUGAGACGAGUGGUUUAUCGCCUUCAAAGGUGGAAGCGUGGUUCAUAUCUUCGUAUGGGACAAAUGAGGACGACAUUGAGUCGAACGGUGAUAAGAGCAGAACUUCAUCAUCGGACGAUUUAUACGAUGGAAAGAUAUGUGUGAUAUGUUAUGACGACCAAAGAAGCUGCUUGUUUGUACCUUGUGGACAUUCUAUUACAUGUUACACUUGCGCUAAAAGGCUUAUAAUUGAAGAAAUGAAGAGUUGUCCCAUGUGCCGGACAGAUAUUGACAAAGUACGAAAGUUGCAUAUUUUAUAAAAACAACUUUCUUCAUUUUCCUAGCAAGUUUUGUACAUAGAGUUCAUUUCUAGUAAAAGAUGGAUACAUACACAUCUAUUGCGUGAGAUUUUAUUGACACGUAUGUGUUUAAGAUGGUCCCCUAAAUUGUCUUUUUCCAUGAAGAAAUCAUUUCUUCUUGUUUCACUUGAAAUUUAAUUUAGUACUAUAAUCAAAUGAAGAUAGAGUGACUAGUGUAUUAAAAAAUAUAUCCACAACUUGUUUGCCAUGUUUAUUUUUUGUUGGUAAAUAUAUUUAAAUUUAAAGAUCGUCUCAUUGAAGACUCAAUCUGAGACUUUUUACCUUAAA